AUGGCGCCGGUCGUGACGGCGAUCCAGCCGCCGGCUGUCGCGUCCAAGAUCAAACGUGCUGCACCCCCGGGCAUCCAAACAAAUGGAGCAAGCUCCAUCCGCUCAUCACCGUCGCCGUCUAUGUCGACAAAGAAGCCUCCCAACUCCGCAACAUUGAAUGGUGCGAACUCACAAUCUGCGCGUCCGGUCAACCGCACGCGCCGCGAACCUUCCGCCCACGGCAAUCGCAAUUCCAGGAAUAGCGCAGGAAUUCGAUCGGCCUCACUCGCUGCUGACAUGGCCGCGGCUCAGGCCGUGGAGCCGCCACCUUACAUCGUAACUGAUGAUUAUAUCCUAAAGAAAUACGCUGGCAACCCUCCGUCCUUGGUUGUACAUAUGCACGCGACGCAUUUCCGGUUCGAUCAGCAAGAUGGCAUUUUCCCUUACAAAUCACCGAUGCGGCUUUUCCUCGAACACAUGCGGACACGCACGGUACCUCACGAUUUGCUCGAAUACUUUACACAAGGUGGCGUCCCCUUUUAUGAGGGCUGCCUCAUCGUCCAAGUCCAUGACCAUAAAUCGGUCGCGCAAUCCAAAGAUGUUGCCCGACCAACUUCUGCUUCGAGCAAAGUGGUGCCGUCCUCUAUACAUAACCAUAACCCUUACAUUGUGCCCUCCCCAUAUGUUCCCUAUCCAAAGGAGACACUUGGUACACAACCAGAAGCUACCCCUGCGGCACCAGAGGACUCCAAAUCGAAGACGGCAGAAGAGAUAGACAAGGAGAGUAUGCCAGCACCAAGCCUGCCAGGGGAAGGCCAAAAGAGUAAAACCCCUCCUAAACCCAAGACUUUUACUAUUGUCUUGCAUCCUACCGCCGAAAGUCUCCAGACCGACCUUUUGAUUAAGGCCGCCACCCCCCGAGGUGCCGCAGACGGACGUGGCAGCAUCGACGGCACUAUACCGCCGUCGACGCCUAUCACUAUGGUGCCACCAACGCCUACGGCAUCGAGCAUGCCACCUCCCGCCAAGAAGCAGAAGCGCGAGCGCAUGGAGCUAGACGCUGGCAAUAUUCACUUGGCGGAAUCGCAAAUUCUUCUUGCCACCAAUGCACCUCUUUUCUUGGAACCCACAAGAGACGUGGAGGAAACAAUUGCUCUCUUGGAUGCCCUUGCGCAUCCGAUGCAUUCGGAUUCUCCACCUCAGCCAAAGACAAGGAAAAGGACUGUCGCCGAGAUGGCUGCCGACGAGGCAGCUGCCGCCGACCAAGAGAAGUACAUGCUCAUUUUGGACGAGCGUCUGUCUUCGGCGGCCAAUGGAGCACAAAGCGGUGCCAAUGGUGCCGACAAAGAAGGCCCAGCUGUUGUUUCAACUUUCGAGCCAAGAUUCGAGCGCUUCAAGGUCAUUGCCGACAUUAAGAGGGAGCACGAUGAGAGAAAGGAGCAAGAGAAGGCCAAGGCGGCCGAAAAUGAACGCAAGCUUGCACAAGAGAAGCAGAAGCAGAUGCAAGAACAGCAAGCAGCUAUCACGGCUCAACGUCAGGCCGAGGCCGAAAAGCUGCGGCGCGAGCAUAUGAUGGCUCAGGAGCUGAAGGCACGUCAGGAGCAGCAACAAAGGGAACAGCAAAGAAGGGCAAUGGCCGCACAAGCGGCGGCAACACAAGCCCAGAACAACCAGAACGCCGCAGCGAACAUGGCUCAAGCCCAGCAGACGCCUACUUCCAUGCCCAACGGUACAUCUGGCGCUGUUGCAAGUGGUAUUCCAACUCAGGCCCAAGCUCGUUUUACACAAGCAUCACAGCCUCCCGUGUCUUCGCCAGUUGUUCGGCAGGGCACCCCUCACAGCAUGUCUUCGCCCAUGCCUGGCGCCGUGCCAAUGCAACAAUCCAACUCGAACAUGGCCAACAGCCCUCCUCGGCCCCCUUCCGCUGUUCAGGGUCAUCCUCCCAACGUUGGAGGUGUUCCGAUGACGCACAGCAUGUCGGCGCGCGCAAGCCAGCAAAGCCAUCCUGCCGGUACGCCCCGGAUGCCGCAAGGAACCCCAAGUAUGCAGGCUACGCCAGUGCCCCGUCCUGCAGUGGCCGCCACGCCUCGAAUGGGACAGGCCAGUCCUCCUCCCAACAUGAUGGCUUCCAAUUCUCAAAUGGGCCAGCAAAUGAUGAUGGGCACGCCAGGGUCUAUGCCACAGCAAAUGCAUAAUCCCAACCUGAUCGCGGCCCAGGUUGCCCAACAGCAGCGCCAUAUCCAGCAACAGCAGAUGGCAGCUGCCAUGCAAAAUGGCAUGGGUAACAUGAUGAACGGUGGUAUGAACCCCCAACAAAUGACGCCGCAGCAGCAGCAAUUCCUCCAACAGCAAAUGCACCAGAGGAUGAUGAUGCAGCAGCAACAGCAGCAGCAACAACAGCAACAACAACAGCAGCAGCAGCAACAGCAGCGCGGAAAUAUGGGUAACAUGAUGACUCAGCAACUGGCUCAGCGAUAUGCUCAGCAGCUCAAUCAAAUGGGAGGAAACCAAAUGGGCGGGGGUCAAAUGUCGCCGCAGAUGCAGGCCCAACUGCAGGCACAACUUCAGGCGCAGAUGGGCAACCCUAUGCAGCGCCAGAUGGGCGGAGGCCAAAACAUGAUGAAUGGCCAGAACAUAAAUGUGCAACAGGCGAUGAUGCAGAUGCAGCAACAACAAGCCAUGAACAACAACACGGCACUUACAAACCAAGUCAAGAUGCAGGGUAUGGCUAUUUACAACAAACAAAUUGCCAACCUUGCCGCCAAAUGGGGCGGAAAUGUGGAGAAUAUCCCGCCUGAGCAGAUGGAGAACUUUAAAAGACAGUGUAUGGUCGAAGCGAAGAAUCAGAUCCAGAGCGUCCUGGCUCAACGUAGAGCGCAGCAGGUGAUGAUGCAGCAACAUCAUCAGCAGCAACAACACCAGCAGCAACAGCAGCAACAACAGAUGCAGGGCAUGGGCGGUAUGAUGGGACCCCAUGGAAUGUAG